GAAUUCAGAAAGCGCAUUUUGGCAGAUUCGAGGACGCAUACGCAGGAUAGGAAGCUCCGAGGACGCAUAUGUAGGAUAGGAGUCUCCACACACACCCUUUGUGACGUACCGCACUGUAACACUCUCUCCCUGGGGCUCGUCAUUGCGUAUACUACUUUGAACUCCCCCCCGCCUUCUAAGCACAACGGCACGACCUCGGUGUCAGCGUCUGGCGUUCUGCUGCCCGGGGCAAUGCUGGACGCGGGCAGGCGAUUAGACGAAGGUGCAGUGGAGGGAGGGGGGGGUGGGAGCGACGAGUGGGAUGGAGAGGAGGUGACUGUGCUUGUGCCUGGCAAGAUUCUUCGUUCCUUUGUGUUGCAGCAGCCGCUCAAGUACCAAUCUGUGGCACAGCAGCGCUGGCAGCUUCAGCGGCAGCCGCAGCAGCGAUGUCCCUUGGCUCCCCAUCUGCUCCCUGGCACCCGCAUCGACAUUACCUUUGAGUGUGCAACUGCUCCCGGAUCGUCACUGCCAUCCACGCUGCCUGCAGAGCUCCUUCGCUUUGUCGAUCUUCCAACCGUCAAUUCCGACCUUAUGUCUCUGCAGACCCCUGCUGCACACUGUGCACCCGGCUCCUCCUCCGCCUCCUCCCUUUCCAACUCCUCCUGUCCCGCACCACCUACAGCAGCAGCAGCAGCAACAGCAGAACCAGUAGAAUUUGCUGUGCUUCAAAUCAGUUGUGGGCAGCAAAUCGGUUCAACAGCAGCAGCACCACCACCAGCAAAAGCAGCGGCAGCAGCUGAUGCUUUGAGGGGCAUGGUGCAUGAACAGCUAAGGUUGCGGCAUGCGUUAAAGGUCAGCCCCCCAUCCAUCUCUGCCAAUGACACGUCAACACCUGGCAGUCCUGUCCUGUUGCUUGGCUCCCCAUUCGGAGUGCUGGCGCCCACUCUAUUCGCCAACAGCCUGUCAUCGGGGAUAGUGUCAGCAGUGUUACCUGCAGGGCUCCUGGCUCUCGAUCUGCCCUUCCUGCCAGGCAUGGAGGGGGCACCAGUGUUUGAUGCCUCUGGAUCCAUGAGGGCCAUACUCUUGCCACCCAUCAUCACCAUGAAGCAUCCCCUCAUGACGUCAGCAACCAUCACUAUCCCGGUUGCUGCCUCUGCCUCAUUAAUAGCAUCUGCCAUCCAAUCAGUGGCCGCCACGUCAUCCCACACCCACGACUCUGCAACCACCCAGCUACUAUCCCAGCAGCCCCGGGUUUCAGCUCUUGAGGGCACACCCCUUCAAAAGAUCAAUCCUAUGGUACCAUUUCAAGCAGUCCACGGAGCACCUUCUGGUCUAGGUGCUACUAUUGAGGCGCAUAAAAACCUUGACUCGUGUGGUCUAGAUUCUGAAAUUGAAAUGGUGCCUGCGGUGGGUUGUGGGGAGUCGCAGGGAAUCGGAGGAAUGGGGGGAGGGGGGAUUGAGGGAGACGUUAUAGGAGCAAGAGCAGGGGUAGGAGAAGGGGCAGCAGGAGGAGUGGUAGCGGCAGUGGCAGCAGCGCUACCAUCGGUGGUGGGAGGAGGAGGAGAAGGAGAAGGAGAAGGAGAAGGAGAAGGAGAAGGAGAAGGAGAAGGAGAAGGAGAAGGAGAAGGAGAAGGAGAAGGAGAAGGAGAAGGAGAAGGAGAAGGAGAAGGAGAAGGAGAAGGAGAAGGAGAAGGAGAAGGAGAAGGAGAAGGAGAAGGAGAAGGAGAAGGAGAAGGAGAAGGAGAAGGAGAAGGAGAAAUAAUAGCACGAAGUGGUGGGGCAGGAGAGGGGACAGCAGGGGUAGUUAGAGCAGUGGCAGCGGCGCUACCAUCAGUGGUCGGGAUAGUGGUGGGCGGAACGGUGUGGGGUUCUGGAGUGAUCAUAUCGCCCUCUGGACUCAUACUCACCAAUGCACACAUCCUCACUCCCUUGCUCAAACACCACCAACCACGCCACGGAAUCCACUCCACCUCCACGUCUUCUUCCCCCUCCCUCUCCUCUCCUCCCUCCACCUCUCCCCCCUCCUCCUCCUCUUCCUCCCUCUCCUCCUCGUCCCCUUUCGCAUCCCCCUCAUUGGACCUCCUCUCGUCUCCCCCAUCACACGACAUAUGGGUCCGAGUUUCCUCUUCCUCCUCCUCCUCCUCACCCUCCUCCUCCCCACUCUCCUCCUCCUCACGUUCCUCAUGGGUCCGUGCAGGCAUCAUUUACGUUUGCUCUGGCUCGCUGGAUGUUGCCCUGCUGCACCUGCACCAGAUGCCACCUGCAGCACCUCCAGACCACAGGCUGCACCUGCACCAGAUGCCACCUGCUAUUAGCACCAGCAAGCCUGAGAAUCACCUGCACCACACAGAAACUUCACUUCGAGACCAUAGCCUGCACCUGCACCAGAUGCCACCUGUGCCGUGCAAACCCAGGCUGCAACCAAUCACAGCCUCGGAUCCUGAUGAAGCAGCAGCAGCAGCAGCAGCAGUCCAACCACAGGAGGGUGUGGAUGCCGCACAAUCCAGCAGUCUGGUAGUCUCCCCCAUCCGUCCGUGUGCAAUGGUUCCUGAAUGUGGAUCAAUGGCUGUGGUCAUUGGCUAUGCCGUCUUCCCUCCUGCGAUUGCCACACCUCCUUCAGUCUUCGCUGGCAUUGUGUCUCGGAUUGUCACGGCGGACCAAUCGCAAAAACAGCAACAUUCCUCUGAGCCGCUUCCAACCACUGCAGACCGAGGGAAGUUGCCGUCGCAUGUAACGCCAGGGAGGGCGGCAGCCAUAUUGCUGACCACGGCAGCUGUGCACGCCGGCGCCAGUGGUGGGGCGGUGGUGAAUGUUGAGGGGGAGAUGAUUGCCCUUGUUACCAGCAACGCCAAGCACAACCGCCACGGCACCAUUCUUCCCCACCUCAACUUCUCCAUCCCCCUGCCCCUCCUCCUCCCCGUCUUCCACUUCGCUUCGGCUCUCCACUCCUCCCUCCAUACCUCCCACCAUCCCUCCUUCCACACCUCCCACCAAUCCUCCAUCCAUACCUCCCACCAAUCCUCCAUCCAUACCUCCCACCAAUCCUCCAUCCAUACCUCCCACCAAUCCUCCAUCCAUACCUCCCACCACUCCUCCCUUCCUCCCCCAUUCACCCCUGCAUGGGCCUAUAUCGUCCAUCCUCUAUUCUCCCGCUUUCUUCUUCCCCUCAACACCCCCUCGCCAGCUAUUGACUCCCUCUGGUCCCUCGCCCCCUCCUCCCACCUCACUCUCCCCGACAUCCCUCGUCCCCCACCAUCACUCUCUCGCCUGAUCACCCCGCAAGUCCAAGAAAAACGAGCCAGGUUGUGAGCACAUCACUCCUCAUGCAUGUUUCACGGCCCAUGUCUUCUCCCCUCUGGCUGGCUGCAUGUCGAUACUGACCAAACUGCCCAACACCGAAAUUCCGGCCAGCUCAACCAGGCGCAACAUUCGGAAUUCUGAAUCGAGCUUUUAAUAUAGUCAUAGGCGAAACCGCGAUCAUUGACAAGUGGGUUUCUCGUUUUUCAGGGCUACCUGCCUGCAUCUUAGAUGCACACUUCCUUACCGAACCCAGCUCCCGAAGUCCACUUCCGUUGGGCCCACUUUCAACAAUGUCACCUGAGGUACAGUAGUUCGUGCAUUCGGGUAACCCUAGUUCGCCAGCCCUUUCUCGAACCCGUGGAAACGCGACGUCGCAAAAACCUUGAGAAAGGCCCGCGGGAACCCGCGAUAAGAGUGUGGUACAUAGGGAGUGGAAACACCGUUCGAACGGACUUUUCGAAAAGGUUCAACACGAUCUCAGAGUAGCAAACUGAACUCAAGCAAGGGCAUACAGGGUAUUG